GUUAUUGCUUCUGUCCAUGGAUAUGCUAUUGGGGGCGGAGCCGAAAUAUCUUUGGCCGCAGAUCUUGUGAUUGGCGGUCCAGAGGUGAAAUUCAGGUUUCCUGAAGUCCCAAUAGGGCAUGCAGCCACUGGAGGAAUUACACUGCGCUUGACUCACAUGGUUGGCCUACUCAAAGCGAAAGAGCUUUUACUCCGCGGACAGUUUGUCCAGGCUAAAGAGGCGCUCGGAAUGGGACUAUUGAGUGAAUCGGUAGAUGAU